AUGUCGGAAGAAAUUGAUUUGAACACAAACAAUCUCUGUACCACAGAAGACGCAUUUGAAAAAUUCCAAGCAAUAUCUAUGUAUGAAGAAGAUGAAUUUAUCACUUUAUCUGAUUUAGUGUCACCGCGCCAGGAAGUAUCUGACCAAGGAGAUUUAAAUGAUAUACGGUACGAAAAUGAGGUUAUUUUAGAUUCACAACUUGAAGAGCAAGUUCCAGAAGUAAACAGCACCAUUGAACUUGGCCCUGAUGAGAAUAAAGUAGUUGAAGAAUGCUCAUCUCUUCCAAAAGAGUAUACAACAGAAUGCUCUUCUUCUAUAGAAAGAGCUCAGGAAACUAGACCAAAAAAAGGAAGGCGAAAGAAAACACAACAGAAUGAUUCUAUUUUAACUGUAAAUCAUACCCAUAACGAACAACAGGAAAUUUUGACACUAGAUGAUAAGCAAUAUCAAUCAACACCACCACCAUCAACUCCUCAAAGGAGACGUGGUAGGAAACCUAAGCAAAACAAACAAGUUAUUGAUAAUGUAAGCAUUACUGGGACAACAUUGAAUGACACAGAAAAAGUAGACAACAGUAUGCAAAUAAUUCCAGCUAAUAUUGAUGAUAUUGAAUCACAAAAUACCUCAACUGAGAAUGAAAAUUUUUCUGGAAGCCCAUAUCCUAAGAGACGAGGAAGGCCUAAGAAGAAACAUCAAGUAAAAAAUAUAGACUUACCUAAAGAAGAAAAUAAUACUUUGAAAACAGAGGAAGGAGUAAGUGAAAUUAUAGAAGCAAAAGAUUUCAUGACUUCUGAUGAAAGUAAUUUGACACAAAAAGUCACAAAAAAGGGAAAGAGAAAACAGCAAUUAUCUGUGGAAAAAGACUUUCAUGAAGAAAUAGAUACAAUGGAUACAGAACCUACUUUCUCAGGUCAAUCUUUAGAACUUGAAAAAUGUAGUAACACAGUUCCUAUAAAACCAAUUAAAGGUCCUAAAAAACCAAGAAAGUCUAAAAAACAUCAAAAUAAAAAUACUUUGAUAAAAGACCCUACUGAAACAGAUUUUAAGAAAACUUUGUCUGAAGAAGAUUUUGGUGAUGAUAUUUCUCUAAGUAAAUUAAAAGAAACACUUGAACCACCUAAUGGUGUUUCUUUAGAGACACAGAAUACUGAAGAGAUGCUAAAUGACUCUACUAAUGUUCCUUGUAGUGUGACAGAAAAAACAGAAUUGAUGGAGAUUGAAAUAAAAGAGAUUAAAACAAUAAAUUCUGAUUUACCAACUGUUGUUGAGCCUGACUUGAACACAACUAUUGAUAUCAAAGAAAAUAAACAAGAAAUUUCAGUAAAUGACAUAGAAAACAAAGAAGAUAUAAAUGAUUCUCUUCUCAUUGAAGAUAUCUCAAAAAGGCCCAUGCGUAGAAGAGCUCGUAAGACAUUUCACUAUGAUGAGGACUCUGAUGAGGACCCAUUUGCAAAUGUUGAAUUAUCAGAAGAUGAUGAACCUAAAAGAGGCAAAAAGAGUGGAAAAUAUUAUUCAGAUGAUGAAUAUAUUCCAGGAGGUAAAAAACAUGGUAGUAUCAGUUCCUCUGAUGCAUCAGAUAGUGACAUUGAUGCAGUAGUAAAUGAAUUUAAUUCCAAACUGAAAAGGAAGAGACAGCGAUUAGAUGUUUCAACUGACAAGAGCCCUAAAAAAUAUGGCAAAAAAACUAAAUGUGAGAAAGAUAAAUCAUUGGAAGUCAAAACCAUAACACCUGAUACUAGUUUAAUACUAGAAGAUGAUAUUGAAGUAUGCUUACAGUCCUCACUGAUUAAAGCUAACGAAGAUUCAAAACAAAAAUUGGGCUGGGGUGCUUCAAAUGAGUUUGAAAAUUUUAUUGCAAAACGAAUUCAAGGUACGGAUAUUAAGAUUAAAAAAGCAUCUUCAGUUCAGCCUCUUGAGAUACCUGUUAUAGAUCCAAAUGAUGCAAAGAAGACUAAAGAGACUAGCACACAGACUGCACGUGUCCAUACUACUUCUGCUGAAGUUCAAACAUCAGUGCCAUAUGAUAUUCCAAUGAAAGAUAAUGUGCCUUUGACUAUAGAACAGACAGAAAAAGCUUGUGAAUUCUUAAAAGGUAUAGUAAAAACUACUGCUGAGUUAGGUCAACUAAUGACACAAAAAUCUGAAGAUUUUAUCUCAAAGAAAAUUAAUACAUCCCAUGUUACUGAUACAUUUAAAAUGGAUUAUUGUGUGCGCAAAUCGUUUUUGCUAUUUAAACUAGCCAAACAUAAUUUAAUGCAAAUGGAAGAAGACUUGUCUAAACGGUAUGAUGAAUUCCUAAAAGAUAAUGAUUUGGUGAAACAUAGAGAAAAGCCCAAGGAACUAUUAUCAACCAAGAAGUCUGAUGAUGGUGACAGUGAUUGUGAAAUAAUUGAUGCACCACCAAUUGUUUUACAGAAACCAAAAAAAGAGAAUACAAAACCAAAAUUUAAUCCUAAAACAGUGUUUCUCAAUAAAGAAUUAUCAAUAAAAAUUGCCAAAAAACCAUCUGAAGAGAAAAAGCUUGAAAUAAAGGGGCGUCAUACUGUGUGGAUCAGUGAUUCAGUAAUGGUGAAGAAAGUCAAACCCACUCAGUCUUUUUUAGCCAAGGGCAGCCGAAAAAAAAAACCACCUGAUUAUAUAACAAUAGAAAUGGUAAAUAACUUUUUUAAAGAAUAUAAUCGCAAGCAAGCUUUGCUAGCUUGCGCCCCUUUUGUUACCACAGAGUGGUUAUAUAGUUUUAAUGAAAAUGUUGUAUGCAGUUAUUUUGUUACAAAGUGUGAUGAAUAUUCAAGUGGAUCUGUUUCUGAAAUACCAAGUGACAGCGAAUUGGAUUCAAACAAUGAAACAAUAAUUAUUAAUCCAAAAAAUAUGAGCAUUCAACAUUCAAAUAAUGAGCUUAAGACAUACAAUGUCAGUACAUUAUUUUCCCUUUGUACCCAAGUUUUACAAAGGCAACUGAACUUGACCACCUCUAAACCUUAUGAUAAAUCAGUGAACAAACAAGGUUUAAAUAAUAGACAAGUCCUACACUCGUUAAAUUAUAUGUGCUUAAAGAAUAUUAAAUUGCAUAUAACACCUAAUCUGAGUUUGGAAGACCUAGAAAAAAGAGAGAACAGAAAUGCUUUGCCUCUACUGACAUUAUGUUUUAAUAAAAUUACUGAAGCAAUGGACAAUCAUUACCAUGAACUACAUAAGGACAGUAAUCCAAAGAGUCAGUGUUACAAUCUCGAUCUGCAAUUAUCUAAAGAUGAAUUACAUCCUGUAAACAAUUUCCCUCCUCAAAAUGUUAAAUCACUUUUUACACUCUGUGUAACAUUUAUGCAAAAGCAACUGCAGUUCAAAAAUGUAGAUGAUUAUCAAAGACACUUAAGCAAAAAAGUGGAAAUUGAACCUAACACACUUAAACAUAUUACCUUUAAAAUAAUUGCAAAUCUAAUAAAUACUGACAAUGUUAAUAUUAUCAAUAAUAUGGGAAAAGUUAAGACAUUAUCUAAUCUUUGCUUUCAAAUAGUUAAAAAAUGUUUGUCUGGUUAUGAGGAACGGACAACUAAAGAAUGUUUGACUAUAAAUUCCAUAAACAGAUUAACUGAGGAAGCCUAUUUCAAUAUAGAAGAAGGACGAGAAGGUUUAACAGAAAAUGAUGAUUAUUAUGCUGAUGAAGAUACAAAUUUUUAUGAAGAUGAAACAGAAGAUAACGAUUUUAGUAAUUUUGACGAAAUUAGCAAUACUGAAGUUAACAGUUGGAUUUCUCAAGUAGAGGUGAAAGAGUUUAGGUCUAUUCCUAAUAAAUUAACAGAAACUGUAAGGUCUACAGAAGAACAGAGGACUUCACCUAUAACUGAGGAUGCAACAGUUAUUACUGCUAGAAUAAAAAUCGAACCAGAAGAGGAACCUGAAAACAUUGACCCUUCUAUAAUCAAAACUGAGCCCUUGCAUAACCUGGAUGAGAUGACUAUUAUACCGGAAAGUAUAAUGACUAAUUCAAUAUCAACAGGAAAUGACUUCACUAAUGAUCAAGUUCAGGGGAAAAAUAGCGCUAGUUAUGAUGUCGAUUCAUUUGAAACAUUUGUAAAAUCUAAUAAACUUAUGAAUGCUCUCAGUGAGCAUGAUGAUUUUCCAGAAAUUUUCAGUCAAAGUGCGUCUCGGAUUCGGCGGCAAUUUGAGCCAGAUUGGGAUACAGAAAAUGAUAUGGCUAUGAGUUUAUUAGUUCCACAAACAUUUGAACCGAUGCAUAUAGAAAAUGCGAAAGAUAGGCUAAUGGAAAGCAGCGGCGAUGAAAACAAUAGUACAAAAAAACCCGCGGGUAAGAAAAAAUUGGAUAAACGUAAAGGAAAGUUAAAAAAAGUGGAUCAAAAACCAGAUAAGCAAUUGUCUACAGAAAAGGUCGUAGCCAAAGAAAACCCAAAAGAGAAGCAGCCUGCUCCUAAUGAAAUCGCAGUUCUAACUAGAAGAAUGCGCGAAAAAAUAAGACAAGAAGAAAAAAAGAUAGCAUCAUCAGAUUCUGAAACAGAAAAUGGUAUUACUUCAAAGAAAUUUAAAGAAAUUAACAAUAUUUUAUCAAAGAAAACAAAAGAAACACUUAAGGAGGCUAGUAAAACUAAGCAAAAAAACAGCAAAACUAAAGAUGAUGAAAUUCAGUGCAAUAAUGUUGAUUCAACUCAGCAAAUAAAUGAUCAAAAAAAAUGUUAUUCUCCAGAUCCAAACAGUGUUCAGUUCACUGGAUUUAGUGCAGUAGAUCAGAAUGAAGGAUUUAAUUAUCAAAAGUAUAUGAAAUAUGUUUAUGAUAAAAUACUGCCAACAGUGUCAGGUGAAAGUAAAUCUGAAACUAACAAACCUAUUAUCAACCCUGAUGAACCUGUUGAAUUAUUAGAAUGUGAGCCUACCAUGCCUAUAUUUGAUAAUGAAGAUACCAUGAUAACUUCUAAUAUUGUACCCCAUGAAGAAAUUCUAGUCGAAAAAACUGCUGCAGCUAUAAAGAGAGAUGAUCGUAGUUUGCCAUAUAAGCUGCGUCAUGGAUGGAAAUGUUAUCAAUUACAAUCCAAUGAUACAAAAUUGUAUGAGGAUGCUCAGAUAGUCUUAGAGAAAUUGCCUGAAUCCUUUGUUGAGACAUAUUUCACUUACCAAAAUAUAUCCUAUAGGGAUAAAGAAGAUGAUGAAGUUGAUAGGCUUAUAAAUCUUCAAACCUUAAAUAGGUCAAAGGAUAUUAGAGACAAAGGUAAACCAAAGAGCAGAUUGCUACUACAAGACCAGAUAUCAGAAGAUAAUCAUAAUGAUUCAAAAGCAAUAUCGCCAGUCAACUUUGAUGAAGUUGUGCCUUCAGAUGAUGAAGGCAACCAUGCCAAGAAGAAAAACGAAAAUAUUUCAGCAAAGAGAGAAGGUAAAUCAAAAACCAAACUGUUGUCUCAAGAGCUAACUUGUUCUAGAACGGUAUCAGAAGGGAAUUUUAAUGAUUCAAGAGCAGCGUCACCAACCUACUCUGAUUAUCACGAACUAACGCCUUCAGAAGACGAGAAUGCUAAUGUUGAAGACAAAGUAUGUAGCCCUAAUAAUAACUCAGAAAAUACUUUGGCAAAGAGUUCACUCAUGGACGAUGACAAGGACAGUGAUAAUGAUACAAAAGUUAAAAUUGAACCUGACGAGGAUGUUAUGCAAAGAAAAAUUAAAAAGAAACCAAAGAUUGGCCCGAAAUCUAAAGUAAAAAAAACAGAACCAAUUGACUCAGAAUCAUUUAUGCUCACCGCUGACAAAAUGAUGAAUAGAGAGUUGAACCUUCUUCAUGCACCUAUUUUGCCAGUUGAGGAAGCUCAAAAGACACCUUUGAAGUGCCCUGUGACUAGAAGUAAACAGAGAAGCGCCAACAAAUCUGCAACUGACCAUAAACGAGUCAAAGAAGAAGACGGUGGCUCUUCAUCGGAAGAAGAGAAGAAACAAUGGUUCACCAUAAAAGAGAAAUUACUCAAAAAGAUGAUCAACAAAAAGGACACCACACGAGUUUUGUCUCGCGAACUUUUUGGCGACGUGUCUAAUGAUUCCACGCACCAAGGCAAGGGAAGGAACACAGCAUAUUUCAAAGGAAGGCGUAAUAUUAGGAAAGUACUCGACAAGAAAUGUUUGGCUAAAAGCACUGUCUUAGCAAAUAUGGAGGAGUUUGAAAGGAAACGCAGACUGAAUAUGAGACAAUCUAAAUUGAGGGAACUAUUGGGUUGCGAGGAGGGUGUGAAUGUUCUAGUCAUUAAUGACGAAGUCUGUCUGGAGUACGACUUCGAGAUGCAACGGCCUAUCGUGACCAUACACCCGUUCUUCACCAAAGUUAUGAAGGCUCAUCAGUACGAAGGCGUGAAAUUCAUGUGGGACGCUUGCUUCGAGAGCUUGGAGGACAUCAAGUCUGGACAUCCGGGUGGCGGCUGCAUACUAGCUCACUGUAUGGGACUCGGCAAGACUUUGCAAGUGCUAGCAUUAUUGCAUACGCAAGAACAGCCUGGAGCCUGGGAAAUCGUGCGAUAUCCUCUGUUGGCCCUGGAGGCCACAAACCUCCUGAGAUCUUCGGAACUGUUCCCCCCAUCUAUGAUUGAGGGAAUCGACUUCAAACGAGUUCAUGCUCCGCAAGACUCACGCAUUGAGCCCUCGACAGAUUAAACUCUUUUUUUUUGUAACUUAAACUCAAAUAUUCUUAAUGAAGAAUAUUUUUCAGUAUAACAUUGUGGAUGUAAAAUUGAUCAAAUGUAGUAAUUAAACUCUUAUUCUAAUUUUCUAAGCCAUUUGAACGUUAAAUAAGGGUUUCAUUUAGGCUAUCAUUGCAGGCAAUCUUAGUAUGAUUUUAUCAGGACCACACUUAGUAGUAAUAGGGGCGAUGAUUAGUUUUUGUUUUUUUUUUUAUCUGUCUGGUAGAUUAUUAAAGAAUAUUAAACACAUUUUUUUUUGCUUAAUUAAUAAAUUACGGCGAUACAUUGAGUUAAAAUGUGGCAUGAUCUCACGUUUUUGUACAUUUUCUACAAAACUAUAACGUAGCGAACCCCCAAUUCAACGUCAUUUUUUGUUUAAAUUGAAGCAAUAAAAUAAAAAAAACGUAUCUAAUAUUUUUCUAUUAUCUGCCUGGCCGACUAAAUAUUUUUAUUUACCCAGUCGUCAUCCCUAUUAUUAGAGAGUUACUAAUACAUUGUUUCGUGAUAGGUACUGACGCACCCGCGCGUGGGCAUGCAGCGUGUUCUUGUGUGUUGCCCGCUGUCCACUGUACUCAACUGGGUGGAUGAAAUUCAUAAAUGGAUAGGACCGGUCACCGAUCAGAUUAAGGUAUUCGAACUUUCAAAACUAAAAAAGACGUAUGAGCGAGCGUAUCAACUCGAAGACUGGUACAAAGGUGGUGGCAUAUUCAUAAUCGGCUACGAGUUGUUCCGUAGUCUGACAACACUAGACGCUUACCUUGACGACGUCCGACCAGUGAUAGUGAACAAGAUAAGGACCGCUCUAUUAGAUCCUGGUCCUGACAUCAUUAUAUGCGAUGAGGGACAUUUACUGAAGAACGAUUGCUCAGUAUUGGCUGUCGCGAUGAGUCGCGUCCGCACGAGUAGAAGGAUAAUACUCACUGGUACUCCGAUGCAAAACAAUUUGAGGGAGUAUUACUGUAUGGUUAACUUUGUGAAGCCGAAUCUCCUUGGAACAUAUUCGGAGUACUCUAACAGGUUCGAAAAUCCCAUCAUGAAUGGUCAGCACCGUGACUCCCGUGAGGAAGACAUCAGGCUAAUGAAGGCGCGCACCCAUAUUCUACAUAAAGUUUUAGAAGGUUGUCUCCAAAGGCAAGAAGCUUCGGUGCUCUACCCUUACCUACCGAAGAAGCACGAGUAUACUGUUUUCGUGUCACUGUCCAAAUGCCAAUGGGAUCUAUACAAGCAUUAUUUGCAAAAUUGUACAAGCACACAGAUGGAGAAACUAGAAGAUGAAUUGGCUCGUGAUGAUCUCAACGCGGAAGACAUUAAGCCCGCCGAUACUGAUACCUGGUGGCUUCAGUACUUGGAGGGGGGCGAGAUGCUGGACUCCUUGCAUAGCUCCAACAAAUUCGUAUGCAUCUUCCGCAUACUUGAGGAGUGCAUCGCCCUCGGCGAUAAACUGUUAAUAUUCUCCACUUCGCUGUUCACCAUGGACGCCUUAGAAUACUUCCUAAAGAAGAUAAAAGACUGGAGUCUGGGCAAGGAGUAUUACCGUUUGGACGGCUCUGUGCCCGCCGAGGACGUGGUGCUACUGCGCGUGGCGCGCGACACGAACCUGCACGCGGUGCACGAGCACGACUCUCUGCUGCGCGGCUCCGGCGAGCAGGGGCUGCCCGAGCAUGAGCGGAACGCCGCCUGGAUGCAGUUCCAGGAGGAGCACGCCAACAAGCGUCAGUAUAUAUACUAGUGGCCACCAGCGACUUCGUCUGCAUCCGCAUUUUCCAUUAUUUCUUCGCUCCUAAUAGUUGCAGCGUGAUGUUAUAUAGCCUAAAGCCUUCCUCGAUAAAUGGUUUAUUCAACACAAAAAUAAUUUUUCAUUUCGAACCAGAAGUUUCUGAGAUUAGCGCGUUCAAACAAACGAACAAACUCUUUAGGUUUACAAUAUUAGUAUAGAUUGUAUCGUUGUAUUGGCCUGAUCGUGAUAUGCCCGGGCACAUCGAGGUACGCCGACACUUCUUGAUUUGGCCGGCUAUAUCAAGAUGUGCAGAUCGACGAGAAUAACAUUUUUGUCGAUAUUCCCAGCUCAACACUGGGCGGAUCAUGAAGCAGUUGCAUUCGCGCCGUUAGAACUGUAAGAAUUUAAAUGCAAGAGAUUAACGGUCAUGCGUAUACGAAAACUGCUGCCGUGAAAUUAUCACCUAUCCAAUCCGAGAAGGGCAACGACCCCGCGUCUUCCGAAUCGAAACCCGAACGAAAGAGAGGGCAAAAGAAGAACUCUGUCAUCUCGUGUUAUAUACCUAUAGAGCCACAAACAUCGAUAAACCCGUCCGCACCCGUAGACGAAAAAAGAGAAGAGGAACUAGUGACCACAAUCACUCAUAUCCUGAUCAAGCACAAUUUCCACGUCAGACAGGAGCCGCAUGAAAUAGCAAAUUUAGUGUCCAAGGUUCGGAAGCUAGUCGCUGGCGGAAAUAUACAAGAGAGUCUGCAAGAGAUUUCCCCUUCAGACGAAUUGAAAAACCGGAACCUCAAACGGAGAGGAAGAAAGAGAGGCAAGAAAAAAAUCACUCCAGAGAUAAUGAAACCGGUUGAGACUAUUAAGGAGGAUUUAGUAAAAGCCAACGGUAGAAGGAAAAGACGUGCCGCCUUAAGAGCGGAGGAAAGCUUUAAUGCCAUCACCGAUUCUAUCGUUCCUGCCAGUGAUGAAAGUGACUUCGUACCCGACGAUCUGAAAGAUGCCCCUACUUGCGUCGAGGACGCGGCUGACGCGGAUGAACCUGACUAUCUUGAGGACGAUUCCGAUCUCGCUGAGGAAGGUCCCAUUAUAGGCGAUUCCGGCGAUGAAGUACAGAACGCGAUCGUUAAAGAAGAACCGAUCGACGAUAAGGUUAAUACAGGUAUAAGAUCAAAGCGAUCCGCCGCUACAUCUAAAAGCGGGAGCACAAGAAACAGUGACGUCAUAGAGAGUCAAACAAAGAAGUUGCAUGAAGAAAUGAUUAGUAUAUUGUUGAGUGAUGACGAGGAAAUACCUCCUCCGAAGAAGAAGCCGGGACCGGCACGUAAAACUAUGAAUCCGAUACCGAAGGAGAUUGAAAAUAAUGAACAGCGUGUGCCAUUGCAUCCCUCGUUGCUUAGUAACCAGAACUUUAUUAAGAUCGUUGCUCACACAUACUUAACUGGUAACCCUAUGUUAGAUGAAGAUGCGGCCACGCUCGCUGCUCAGUAUAGUACGCAGAAAGCUCUUAAAGAACAUGAAUCGACCGGAAAGGCUAUAAACAGUGGCCCACUAUAUGAUAUAGCCGUGAAGGUAUUAGGAGUAGACAUUCUAAAAAAGUUAGACCUCACAAAAGGAAAGUCCCCAUUUAAGGCGAUCCCUCAACUGGAGCCGGAAAAAGCGGUUGAUAAACCUCAAGAGAGUCCGGUGGAAAAUACUACGGAAAGACUGGUUGAGAAGCCGAUAAAUAAGCCAGAGGAAAAACCAGUCGAAACCAAUAAAACUAUUGAACUAGUCGGCAAAGGGCCAAAGCUGACGCCAAUAAGAUUAAAAAUACGUGUGCCGGUUGAAGCAAAAAAACACCAACCGGUUGUUACGUUAUCGCCGUUGUCAACAUUAUUGAACACCUCUGUACCAUCUCCAGUGACGUCAUACCCCGUGUCUUCUUACCAGUACAAUGCAACUCAACCGCCGACGAGCGCGGCAUGGACGCAUCCUAACAUCAACAGUCGCCCCACUGGAGAACAGUGUUAUCCCUCCUGGCCUGCAUUUCAUCUGUUUAAGGGAUCUGCUGAUAUACCAGCUGGAGGCACGCACCAUUCAGCCGACGAGUGUAUACUGCCAGACGAUGACGACAUACAAAUAAUAUCGGACCCUGUGCCUAAUAUUACGCAUGACAUCCGACAAAGUCCAGUUGUACCGAUGACGGCCAUCACUGAACCUAACUCUAAAAUCCCCAGAUAUUUACAAAGAGUCGUCCUCAAAAACUUACGAGCACCACCAGGACAAGAUAGCAUCAUAAACCUUCAAAAUAACAACUCUUCUAUGUCGCGUACGAGUACCGCAAAUAAAAUGUUGUACAUAAGCAACACAGAACCAAACACGAGUACAACCGUGCAUACGAAUCCCCAACCGUCGGUUGCAUCAAAAUCUUUAGUUUUUAACACCAUUUCAUUGGACAGUGACGAUGAAGAUAUUUUACCGUCCGUACAAACGUCGAACAUAUCAAGUUCGGGUCCGCAAACUGCGGUGCCUGUAUCAUUGACCGCUGCUAAUCCGUCGCCAAGUAUGGAAGUGCAACGUGCGAUCGAGUUACAUAACAGUCUAUUAGGUCGGUCGAGAUCAAGCACUAAUAAACGCUCGAUUCCACAGACUGUGGAACAAUCGAAACCGGCAAAUAUAAAGCCCCUGAAAUUAACGAAGUGUAGGGACAUUCCACCAGGAGUAGUUCCUAUACCUCUGACCCGUACUUCGAAGUCGCCGAUGGUAGGCCAACCUUCUUUAGUUUCCACUAAAGAGACGGCGCCGUCACCGACUGUCAAUAAUGAUUCCCAAUCAAUUCUAAAUUCUGAACAUGAAGCACGCCAAAAUAAACUUUGCAAAGCCGGCGACGUAUUACGUUUUUCCAAGUCGGGUCGAAUAGAAAUGGUAAACAAGGCUGAUAAAGUGAGGCCCGAAGAGAGUAAAUCCUCAGGGACUAAGCACGUCGUCGUAUCGAAGCUGAAUAAGAAACCUAGCUUGAUACCUACGGUUAGUAUAGAUCUUGACGAAAUACCGACUGUCCAGCAAGAUGUGACGGCAUCUAAGAGGAAAACACAUUUUGACGCUGUAAGAAAAACUACCACAAACCAAACCCAAUCUAUUAGCGAAAUUCGUCCGAGAUCAAACAGUCCGUUCAACCCGCUCUCAAUAUUACGAGAUGUCGUUCAUAUCGAAGCGGACGACUAUGCAGUGCAACAAUCUUCAAACACUGCAAAAAGUACAACUAACGAAACAAGCGCCAAACCGAAUGUAGUUUCAAAACCAAAGAAUGUAAUAACCAUUACACAUGGAGUAAUCGAAUCUCCAUUAAAUAAACAGGAUAGAGACAGCAAAGAUGGCGCGUGGUACAAAGUGUUGAGCCACAACGAAAAGAAAACUCAGCCGACAGUUAAUAAUUCAAAGGCGCCUUCGAUAAAGCUUCCCCUGACAACGCGUUCUGGUAAUGACCACGUACCGAAAAGUUCAAUCCAAACGAAAGAUAGUUCGACUGCGCAACCGAAAAGAAUUGUAGUAACGGCGCGGGCGUCUAGAGACAAAGGGAAGAAUCCCGUUAUAGAUAUCACAGGGAUUGGCGAUCGACAGACAUCAUCUGUAGGUAGUAAAGUUCAAACGAGAAUCCUCAAAGGCUCUACUUUAGUUGGCACAUCAAAAGAUAUUAUACUGUGUGGCACUGGAAAAGCAAUAAAGAGGGCACAACCCCCGUGA